GUCCAAUAACUGGGGUUUGUGCAUGUCCGCGCUGACCGAUUAGAAAAAAUCAAGAAACGUGAGGACGGGAAAAUUGAGGCUGCCAUGGCUACACUUACUAUUGGAGAUGACAACCGCCCGAUUUCCAGCCUUCUUAUUUUCGCCGCCAUGGAUUCGGAAGCGCUUCCGAUUGUGGAACACUUCAAACUUUCCAGGGAUGAUGGUUCUUUGUUUCCACUAGGUGUCGCUUGGAUCAGAUAUCAUGGUUAUUACAAGGAUCUGAAUCUAAAUGUCAUUUAUCCAGGGAAGGACCGCGACUUAGGGAAUAAUAGUGUUGGUACUGUUCCUGCAUCUCUUGUGACUUAUGCUUCUAUUCAAGCAUUGAAGCCUGAUCUUUUGAUAAACGCUGGCACUGCUGGUGGCUUUAAAGUAAAAGGAGCUUGCAUAUUUGAUGUGUUCCUAGUAUCAGAUCUUUCAUUUCAUGAUAGACGGAUUCCAAUUCCUGGUCCUGAUAGGUACGGAAUUGGCCUACGGCAGAGUUUCUCCACACCAAAUCUUGUGAAGGAGCUUAAUUUUAAGGUUUGCAAACUGUCUACGGGAGGUUCCUUAGAUAUGUCCCCACAGGAUGAAAGAUGCAUCCUGGCCAAUGAUGCAACAAUUGUUGAUAUGGAGGGAGCAGCUUUGGCCUAUGUGUCUAGUCUUAUGGAAGUCCCGGCAAUAUUUAUAAAAGCUGUAUCAAAUUUUGUCGAUGGCGAGAAGUCGAUUCCCGAAGAAUUUGCACAAAAUUUGCAAGCCUCCGUUGUGGCACUCCGAGAAGCAGUUGUCCAGGUGGUUGAAUUCAUCAAUGGUAAGUGCCUCUCUGAACUAUGAUCGAUCUAGUCUCCUUUAUUAGACCUAAAUUAAUCAGCCAAUUCGGUAAAAUCGAUUUGUAAGCUGUAUUAUUUGAAUAUUUUGGUUCGUUAUGUCGUAAAGUAUUCAUAUCGGUAUAUGCACGGUGAAAAUUGAAACGAUUUCAUUAUAAAUUUUGAAAGUUGAAGCGACGUGAUUGUUUGUGA